CAAUUACGUAACAGAAUGGAACUUUUUGUCUUUAGUGUAAAAGGUAGCUCAACAAUUAAUGGAAAGGAAAACAUCAAUACUGAGUUCAUAUACUACUUUAAUGAACAGAAGAAAGAAAUGGAUUUAGCUUUAUGUCUGAAGGUGGAGCAGACAUCAAUAGACGGUGUAAUGGCAUACCUGUUCAGUACUGCAGCAAUUACCGAUAGUCAAUGGUUGAUUUAUGACGAAGUUGGUUUAAUUGCGAGGAAAACAAGAUAUGACGUUAAUUUUGAUCGGACGUUCUGCUCACGUAUGGAAAACAGUUAUGACACGGAAGCCUUUCCACCAUCUCACGAGAAAGCGUUCAAUGGUGGGGUAGUUCUUUAUGGAGAGAACGUCCGUUUCCCUAACUGCGUGGUUCAAGGUGAAGAAGAUCCAGUUUGCAUGUUUUACAAACGCGUGUUUGAAGGAAAUACUUUGAGUGCAAAAUACUUUGGAAAGGUUAAUCCUGGCAAACGAUAUUUUCUUGAAGGAAGGUUUCAAACUCCAAUCAAACUAGGACCGGGUAUUGAGAUAAGAGGUAAAUUAACAUCUGUUACAACAAGCAGAGUUGGUAAGAUAGUGCAUCAAAAGAUAAUCAAUAUUGUGGAAAACAGUGAAACCGGAAAGAUGGAAAUUCAAGGACGGGAACGAAUGCAUGGGACAUUGUGGCUAUCAAGUGUGCAAGCAGAUAUUCCAGUGAUGUUACAGUUCGUCGGAAAAAGUAUUUUGUUUAAAGCAUCUGGCGUGGAAGACGAUAACAUUGGCACAAACAUACUUGGUAUAGCAAAUGUUCGUGCGGUUAAUGUGAAGUCUCAAUCGUACCCCUUAAAACUUGAUGGACCAAUUGAAGCAGUAGAAUUUCAUUCACGACUUCUAAUUGGGUCAUCGGAAGCUCAUUUUAUCUCAGUUGCAGGCGGAAGAGAAAAUACGGCACAGUAUAUCCACGGCGACAAUUCUAAGAACAAAUUUUAUGCUUGCAAAAAAUCUGAUUUAAAUGUUGUAUUGAGGAAUUUAUUUCAGGCUUUUGGUGCUACGCUGCGACUUCCAAUUCUCGAUACAGCAACAGUUAAAGAUGCUUGCUUUACUUACCAUAAUGGAGAAGAACCAAAUUGGGAAGUGCCCAACCGUGGUUUUACAGCGGAAAGAGGCUUGAGACUUUAUGGAAAGUUACAUGCAGAUUUUGGUAUCAAUAUGCCGCUGGUAGUAUUAUUCGAAGGUAGCGCCGUGAGAAUGGUUGCUGAACUGACCCCACUUCGCUGGGGAGUUACCAAAGAAGAAGUUGAUCGAAAAACUCCGCAAGGAGAAACAAUAAAAGUGCAAAGAGACGUUUCACGAAUUCAAAUGACGAUGAGUGAAGAUGAAGAAAUCAUGGGUCCACAACUGCACAUCGAAUACCAAAAUGGUGUCUAUAGUAACGGUUUUAUAGAAGGAUAUAUUCGAGCACCUGGUUUUGAAGGUACGGGAAGAAUAAAUAUUAUGGAAGACACAGAAGGAAGACCUACAAAGUAUGAAUUCACACAUACUGGACUAAUAUAUGGGGUUAUUGAGGGAAGCCUAAAAUUGGCAGCUACUUACACCGGCAGGAAUAUGAACGAAAUUGAUUUCCAGCUCGAGGUGGAUCUUCUGUCAAAAGUAAGAGAAAAGAUCCCAGAUGUUAUUCAAGAGAGCAUAAAUGAAUUCAACGAACCUUACGAUAACGUUGUGAACAAACUCGAUGUAGAUAUACGAAAGACAAGUGAACUUUACCGAACACAUUCGACAACUCACAACUCUCUCAGGGAAAAUGUGGAUGCAUUAAGCGCAAGAACUAAAAAAUCAAAGCUUGAACGAGCACGUUCUCUUCAAGCAGUGUCAAAACGAUGUGCAAGAGAGUGCAAACCAGUUUACAUGCCUGGUCUUAAAUGGGAGAAUAAAUGCACAACUUUAAAAAAACAAAAAGAUUCACGAUGUAUAAAGUUUGUUAAGGAUUCACAUAAAGUCAGUGAUGUUGGCUGCAUGGCACAAUGUGAAUCUGAAAGAGUGAAGUCACAUGCUGAAGCCAUUCACCAUGACAACGUUGCAAGGAGUACCAUAGCUAGGCUUUCUGAUGCGACAGAGUGCAAGGACUUAGCAGAAUUUCUUGUUAAUGACAUCCAAAAUGUGAAAGAAGAACUAGAGAGAAUAAAGACCGACCUUGCAACGCUGGCGAAGUUUAUUCAUGACAUCAAAACCGCUUCACAAUCAAGUGCAGUCAAUAUCCUUAAUUUCGCUUCAAUAUUGUCAGCUUAUCCUAUCAAGGAAGCAGCCAGUCAACCUUCAUGUUUAAAGUUCAGGCUUGGUUAUACAGUAACCACUAGUGAAGAAGAUACAUCGAAAGAAAUAGAGAUGGAGGAUAAGAUAAUUUGUUUUCAAGAUGAGUUUGUUAAAUCUGUAACAAAUAUGGCAUUGAGAGAAGCUUAUAAAGAGAAUUAUGAAGUUCUUCAACCUAAACUGGAUGCAGCAGUCAAGUGGCAUUCAGAGUUGUUAGGUAACUUCUAUGAGGAUGUAACAGAAAGAGGUGAGCAAUUACAAAGAUGCAUAACAAACUCUCCAAGUCCUGACGAUGAUGAAGAGAAACGAAAGCGAUCAUUUAUUGCAAAUGCAAAGUUAUCGCCUAUCAGAUCUUCCCUUUUUAAUGUAAUGAGUGAGAGGACAACGCUGAUGUUUCACAAAUACUCCCCCUGGUCAGUUCUUAUGAAGAACAAUCCGUUCAAUGAAGCUCGUCCAGCUGUGACUAAAGCAACAAUUGAAGAUGUGACACCAGAAGACUCGUGUCUUGCAACUCGACACAUAGUUCAAAAUUAUCAAGAUAUCGUAGGGUACAUGAAAGUCUGGGCGACUUCAUUGCAAAGUGGACAGAAGACCUUCGAAAAGGUUAAUGACAUGGUGGGAAAGAGAUUGACGGCAGUAAGAAGCGCCAUAAAUAAAAUGGCAACUGGAGAUCAUAUCCUGGAUGUUCAUGCGGACAACAUGAAUCACUGGAUGAAUGUUACUGAAAAUGGAAUGAAAAAAUGGCUAGAUGUGUCCUCACAGCGUCUCCAUCAUUUGAACAAAGAUGGUCUAAAGUUGAUUAAAGAGGAAUUAUCCUAUAUGUAUUCUGACAAAGAAUACAAGUCUAUUGAUGAGUACAUUCAGAACAAGGCCAAGAAAGGAAAUAAUGCUUUUAAAAGAGCGAACAUUCCAGGAAAAGAUGAGAAACCAUUUUCUCAGCCAUCUCAGCAAUUGCUUCAAAUUUUCGCGAAAGGUGAAAGUCUUCAAGGCGUGUUGCCCAUCAUCAAGGAAAUUGAAGCAAAACUUGUCCACGUUGACAAAAGAAGUAUAUCGUGCCACUUAAAGUAGAAAGAGAAAUUGUUGCACGAAGAAAAAUAAUAUCGGAAUGAUAACGUAGCGUGUAACUAGGUUAUAGUUUCUUAAAAUAAUAAAUUAUAUAGAAAGAUA